AUGGAGUCCAAAGCAAAUAAGAAUUCUCACGUUCUUAUGUUUGGCUUUUCAGUCAAUUUAAUUCUGACGUUAGGCUCACUUGGUUUCACUUGCUAUUCUCUGCAUCGAUUAGAUUCGCGUUUGACAACACUUGAGCGAAAUUCACUGCUUAAAAACUCUCCGUACCAGAUUUCCGAUCCUUUUUCCGUUGCGCCGACAUCUGCACAUUUUCGUCCAAGUGGAUCACUGGAGAAAGAAACUGGUCGCGUCCAAAGAGCUGUUGAGCGACCAUCCAUGUGCCACAAAUGUAGCAGUGUUUGCGCGAAUUUGAAUGGUCAGCGAGGGGUAAGUUUUACUCUGUUAUCCUUCCUUUUUUUCAAAUGCCAAUAGACCCUUUUAUUAAUCUUUUAAACGACCUACCAAAUUUAAUGACUGGAAUUGAUACAAAAAAACCUCUAAAGAGAGCUUUCACCGGGAAAAAAAUCCAAUGUUAAUCACUUACUCGCCGUGCCAUUCAGAAUUGUAGCAGUUGACAAAUGAGAGAGAAAUAUGUAAUUGAUGACUCGUUUUAGCGACAACGGAAGACGCCUCUUUGUCCAUCAAAUCUCGGCAACUUCCUCAAUGUCUCAUUCCUUACUUCUUCAUCUUUCUUUUUUCGUUUGACUUAAAUCAUUUGUCAUAUUCAAUAUUGUUUUUUUCUGGUAAACCGUUUUAUGAGAGGGUCUCAAUGGGGUGAUGGCUUGUACGGCUAACGGUUAAAAUUUUGGUAAUUUACGGCUGACAAUUAAUUUUUCCAUUAAGAUUUGCUUUUAGAGUUAACUAUUUUUACGACUUAUAAGGUUAAACGUUGUAAGUAUCUACGCCUAUUGCCUAAAUUGGCUUUGAGUAGUGAUUGAUUAAAUUAAUUUUUUCCUUUCUUCUUUUCUUCAUUCCAUAGAAUUCGACCGUGAAAAGAAGUAAGGGAAAUGUUGUUUGCGUUGAGGGUAAG